GUGAUCCUCCUGCCUCAGCCUCCUGAGUGCUGGGAUUACAGGUGUGUGCCACCACACCUGGCUUUCAGUUUACUUUUUAGUUCUACAAACUUUAGGACAUUGUCUGACAUGGUGCCUGACAUGUUGGGGGAAAAAAGCAAAUUAAGCUCCAACCCAGAAACUUCUAUAGGAUGAUGGGGAAGCUGGACAGUCCUUUCUUCAUUGCCCAGGCUUAUAUCAAACACUGAUAAAAGAACCUACUUCGUGUCUUAGGAAAUAAAUGUAGAGGGUCACCUUGGUGCUUUUAAUAAUCGAAAGCAUCAAAGCAUGUGUUAUAUAAGGAUAUUGUUUCAUGAAACUUGUUCCAGUUAUAUAUGUGUGUGGGUUAUGUAUGCAGUGAGUGGUGAUGCAAACUAUGGUUUAUGGUUUACAAAAAAACGCAAAGUUCUAGUCUAGGCUGUGCGUGGUGGUGGCUGUCAGAAACCGUGGCUGAGUUCGGGCAGUUUUAGCUUCAGAUUUUGUGAGUCCAUAUACAGUGAGUUCCUGGUGGUUGGCUAACUUUCCACUUCUGCACUUUUGAAGUCCUAGGGCAGAGGUGCUCAGAAGCUUUUUCUCAAAAGCCGGAGUAAACAUACACUGUUACCCUUGUAUUAGGAACUGUGUCAGGAGCAAGAGCCAGACAGACAAAUCUGGCUGACUUACCUUUGUCCUACUCUUGGGCAGACAAGUCCUCGAGGAAAGACUGUCAGUUACCAAGCACGGUAGUAGGAGCACACAGCCUCUCCGAGGCCGGUGGCCCGGCCUCCACCACAAGCAGCGUCAGGUGGUGCCCAAGCCAGCUUUGUCUCCAGCGGGAGCUCGCUGUGCAGAGGCCUCUGACGAGGAGGUGUCAUGGAGCAGUACACGGCCAGCAGCAAUAGCUCCACUGAGCAGAUUGUCGUGCAGGCCGGUCAGAUCCAGCAGCAGCAGCAGGGUGGUGUCACUGCUGUCCAGUUGCAGACUGAGGCCCAGGUGGCAUCCGCCUCAGGCCAGCAAGUCCAGACCCUCCAGGUAGUCCAGGGGCAACCAUUAAUGGUGCAAGUCAGUGGAGGCCAGUUAAUAACGUCGACCGGCCAGCCCAUCAUGGUCCAGGCCGUCCCCGGGGGACAAGGCCAAACCAUCAUGCAAGUACCUGUGUCUGGGACACAGAGUUUGCAGCAGAUCCAGUUGGUCCCGCCUGGGCAGAUCCAGAUCCAGGGCGGGCAGGCUGUGCAGGUGCAGGGCCAGCAGGGUCAGACCCAGCAGAUCAUCAUCCAGCAGCCCCAGACGGCGGUCACGGCAGGCCAGACGCAGACCCAGCAGCAGAUCGCUGUCCAGGGGCAGCAAGUGGCGCAGACCGCCGAAGGGCAGACCAUUGUCUAUCAGCCAGUCAACGCGGACGGCACCAUUCUGCAGCAAGUCACAGUCCCUGUUUCAGGCAUGAUCACCAUCCCAGCAGCCAGUCUGGCAGGAGCACAGAUUGUACAGACUGGAGCCAACACCAAUACGACCAGCAGUGGCCAAGGAACUGUCACCGUGACACUGCCGGUGGCAGGCAACGUGGUCAACUCAGGAGGAAUGGUCAUGAUGGUGCCUGGAGCUGGCUCUGUGCCUGCUAUCCAGAGAAUCCCGCUGCCUGGGGCGGAGAUGCUCGAGGAAGAGCCCCUCUAUGUGAACGCCAAGCAGUACCACCGUAUUCUGAAGAGGAGGCAGGCCCGGGCUAAGCUAGAGGCAGAAGGGAAAAUUCCAAAGGAAAGAAGGAAAUACCUGCACGAGUCCCGGCACCGUCAUGCCAUGGCCCGGAAGCGUGGGGAAGGUGGGCGAUUCUUCUCCCCCAAGGAAAAAGACAGUCCCCAUAUGCAGGACCCAAACCAAGCUGAGGAAGAAGCAAUGACGCAGAUCAUCCGAGUGUCCUAACCCCGCUCAGGCGACGCAAUCGAGCUGAUCGAGGUCGUGUUCCUCGCCUCUCCCGCUGUUCCAGGAAAUUGAUCGACUCUUCCGAUGGGACACUAACUCUGCCCUUUCCUACAGGACAGAAACCACUUAGUUUUUAAUAAGUGGCUCAGUAUUAUCAUAGCAGCAGUGUCUGGGACAGUGAAGUUGCCAGCCUUUGUCUCACCCUUUCCGUCAGGACCUGCUUCAGCUGUUGAAGUCAUUGACAUUUCGUGCAUUAGGAUGAUACAAGGAGACAGGUGCCGGCCCAGCGGUACACAAGCACUUACGGGCUAGCGGAGCCAAGCAGUCAUCUCUGCAGAGGAGAGCGCGCUCCCUCCGGCACUGGACUGUGAUGGGGCAGCCGUGGCCCACUCCUUCCCUGGGCUCCCACUGCAUCCCCACUGGGGGAUCUCAGGCUGACUGACUGACUGGAUAGACACUUGGUAGUCAGAGAUGGCUUCCCAUGAGGAAGCUCCAGAUUGUGACAGAAACAAUAAGUUCUUGGAGUUAACAGUCACCUGCUCUGUGGUAAUAAGAAACUCUGUCUGCCCAGAUGUUGGGUUGGCGUUUAAGACACAGCACCUAAACAUAGAUUGUGGAAUCCGUUUGUUUUCUUGUGGUUUUCUUUUCCCUCUUUGCAGAUCAGUUGAACUAUAGCUCUUGCUGUGGCUAUUUUUAAGGCAACUUGGGGGUGUUGGACUUUGAAACUGAGUCUCUUAAGUAGAAAACAAACUCUCCAGCAGCCCCUGUGCAGAAGCACAGAGGACAUCCGUAGUAACUCCCAGAGACAGGCUGGAAAUUUUCAAUCGGGUUUUGUGACCGUGGCUUGGGGACUAGGAGGUUCACGUGUCUCGCAGGGAGGAAGGACAGCCACCUACGUGUUGACAGCAUGCUUCUCCAGCUGAAUCGCUGAGAAGAAAAGACUAAAUCACAUUUAAACCUCUCAAUCAAGCACUGACAGGAGAAGUCAAGACCCUUCCUGGGUGAUUUCUGGAAAACACUGCUCGCUCACGCUGUCCUGGGCAGAGUCCAGGUUGCCUGCAGGAGCCUGAGGUGUGGUUGCUGGCUCAAAGCUGGCCCCAGAGCGUGAGCACGCUGCCUCACGCUUCCCGUGGCAGCGCAUUCUCGGGUGCCAUUUGCUUUCAUUUUCUGGAAGUCUUUCCCAUGACACCCACACGGCAGGAGCAAAUUGCAGACUGGAAAUAGGGCUGUGGGGCCAGGAAACAAGCCACUGUUCCCAGGGUGGGUUGGGCCUCAGAAAUCUGACCUUCUAAAUGUCAAAUCCUGGGAGAGAGAAUUGAGGUGAUAAUUUAAGAAGAGUUGGCUGCUUUCUCCGGAAACGUGGAAGGCAUCAGGGGUUGGUUUAAAUCCCCUGUAAAGAGUAAAGAUAGGUCCUCUUUGACUUCCCUCUAACUGUAUUAAGACAGAAAAGACAUCAUAAACUAUCACUGUAACGGCGGAAGUUGAGGUGUAGAGCUAUGCAAAACUGCGAGUGAAAUAUCUUCCUCCUCAUCCUGGGAGUCUUAAUUUCUGGCUUCCAGUUGUGCAAGGUUGACUCCUUGGUAACUUCACUAGAAAUUUUCAGUACUUGACAGGAGUUGUGGUUACUCACUGUCCCAGGUGUUUCAGAUAUUACUAAAAACAAUGAGGAAUUUCUUCCUCUUGGUGCAGUUUAGGAAUCUAAGAUGAAAAGUUCAGAAAGAUUUCUGAGACCUAGUUUAUUUCUAGUGCUUACGAUAACAGUCCUGAAGUCCUAUUUAUUUGUAGAUAUAAGUUUGUAUAUAAUAGACCUCACAUUGUUGCCGAAGUUUUCAUCUUGGGGGACAAGUUCGAAUUUUGUUUUGUUUGUUUUCGUUUUUGGUACCGGGGAUUGAACUCCAAGGCAGGCCACCGAACCGCUGAGCUAAAUCCUCGGCCCCUCGAAUUUUGUUUUGAAUGAAAUGCUUCGGUUGUCAUUUUGUCGCUGCAUUUCAGACAACUCAUGACCCUUUUUGGUGUGGUCCUUUUAGCGCACCACAAUAGCCCACAAGGUGGGGGUGGGGGGGUGACUGAUUUUUUUUCUUCUUUACUAGUUCUUUUACUCAUUUGCCCUUGUGGCUGUAGUGGUGACCUUGAAGAUGCACAGUGAAUGGAUAAAUGAAUUGGUCUGCUGCAUAGUUCUGUCACUUUUUUGCAGGAUAACUGUAAAUGUAUAUAUUUUAAUUGCACUGGUACAUGGAACAGGUCCGUGUCUGUAGCACUGGACCAACAGCGUUUUCUGGCUACAGGGUGCCCCGUCAUAAUGCCUUGAUUUUCCUUUGGGACUCAGCUAGGUGAUCAAUCAUUGAUAUCAUUGCAAUUGUUAUUUUUUAA